AUCUCUUUUGCACCACACCCUUAUCGGCUUGGCCGUGAGCCAACAUGAGCAACUACGACGGCUACGACGACGAGCCGCGUCGCUACCGCAGCGUUCGCACCCGACCACGUGACAGAGACGAACCAGACUACGUGCGCGAAGAGACGUACAUUGAGCGCGGAAAGGGCCCAGGACCGCGCGGCGCCGAAUUGGUCUAUCGCGGACGGGACGAUAGCAUCGAGGACAUUCCAAGAGACUUCCCUCCACCAGGCCGCCGCAGCACUUACCGCGAUUACGAUGACUACGAUGCACCACGCCGUACCAAGAGCGCAGCAGGCAGCAGGAGAUACUCAGAUGACUACGACGAUGGCUAUACCGACUAUGCCGCUCCUGCUGCUGCCGGUGCCGCAGGUUACGCUGCUGGACGUCGUCGAGACCGCGGUCGUGGACAUCGCGACGAUCGUGGCUACGAUAGUGACUAUAGCCGCUCUCCACCGCGCCGCGAACGCAAAAAGUCAGGCGUUGGCGACUUGGUAGAGUCUCUUGGUCUUGGCGGCCUUGUUGGCGGUGUGCUGGGCAGUAAAGACAAGGACCGUGAUCGUUCCCGCUCUCGUUCUCGCUCUCGAGCUGGCCGAUCUUCUUCUCGUCUCAGUCGCCGCGGUCACUCGUCAGACAGAAGUCGAUCUCGCGGACCAGGCAAGAACGGCGGCAAGACCGAGCGGAAAUGGGCCCAAGCAGCCCAAGCAGCCAUCGUCGCUGGUGCAGUCGAAGCCUUCCGCUCUCGCAACGAAGCUGGUCCGUGGACUGGCGAAAAAGGUCGACGCAUUGCCACCGCUGCUCUUGGUGCUGGUGGCAUUGAUGGCCUGAUCGACCGAGACCCAGAGAAGAAGUCAAAGCGUCACUUGGCCGAAGCUGUCAUUGGUGGUCUUGCUGCCAACAGACUUGCCAAUGGUCCUCGCUCCAAGUCUCGCGGUCGCGGCAUCGACUCACGCGACGUCUCUCCUGACAGUCGCGCCCCACGCUCUCGCAGCCGUAGCAUCAUUGACCGGUUCCGUGGACGCUCCCAAUCUCGCGGCCGUGCUCCGUCUGAAGGAGGUGGAGGAGGUGGAAGUAGUGGAGCCUUGAAAGGACUGGUUGGUGCCGGUGCCCUAGCCGCAGCUGGAAAGGCCGUCUAUGACCGGGUGAGGUCCAAGUCCCGCAAGAGACAAUCCCGAUCCCGCUCUUCUAGUGCAGACUCGUAUGUGCCUUCCCGCCGCCGUGCCCGUGAUAGGCGCCGCUCACCUCGUUCAGAUACGGGUACAGCCCGGACCGACGGAGUUUCCGAUCACGGAGGUCGCGAAGUCGCUCGCGGCGGUAGUGUGGGAGCCAGCACCAUUGAAGCUGGAGGAGGUGGUGGUGCUUUGACGCGGCACCCGCCUAAUAGAGGGGACUCCAACGACUCCAGCGAUAGUAGUUCUACCACUGACAUGGAAAAGACUCGGAAGCACAUGCGUGGCAAGGAGUUGAUUACGGCUGGUCUCGCUACCGUCGCGACCAUCCAUGCAGCUCAUGGCGUUUACUCAAGUAUGGAGGCUCACGAAAAGAGACAUCGACUAGUCCAAGAGGGUGAGAUGAGUCCUGAAGAAGCUCGCAAGAAGCAGACGAAAGCUUGGAUCCAAGAUGCCGCAGCUGUUGGUAUUGCCGCACUGGGUAUCAAGGGUGCUUUCUCAGAAUGGAAGGAAAUGAACGAGCAGAGGCGCGAAAUCAACGAAAUAGAAAAGCGGAAGGCGAACCGCCGCAAGAAGCGCAUUGCCCGCGAAAAGCAGGAGGAGCGAGAACGACACGAACGCAUGAUGAGUAUUCUGGAGCGCAACCCACAGCUGGCCGUGGGCUACAACAUGCAACAGAAUGGCUACAUGCCGUCCAACUACAGACCUUCUCCUGCCGCCGACCAGAGUGGGAACCCUUAUGCUUCGGCUGGCGGACACUAGAAGUAUCACGACCGGAAGCAUGAUCGACGACUUGACGCAGAAACAAGCUCAGUUCAAAGCUCAUUUCGCGAUUGGGAUCCCUUCGGUCGGCCUCGGCGCGAAUAGCCUCAUUUCCGACUCUUUCCUCUUUUCCUUUGGCCCUUCUUUUAUUUUCCAGCAACAUUGCGACUUCAUGCAUCAUGACCCAAAUACGACAGACACUCGAUGGCAUGAGACGAUGACAUUGGCGUUGAGCACGGUAAAUGGAUAUGGAGAGCUGCAUGAGAUACCAGGCGGUCACAGACAGCUGCAUAAUAUAUCUGCGCUGCUAUGAAUAUAUGAAACACGAAGAAGUGACUUGGGAGGCCGGUGCCUUCCGGCGUUGAUAGCUUUAUAUCGAUGCUUUACAGAAGACCUUUCAAGUGCAUAUCGGCGAUAGGUUUCUACAAUCCAGCCCUCAAAGCACUUUCAAGGAAUGCAGCACCAGACACAACCCCAUCCACAAUCUUGAUCCUCUUCCCUUGCUCCUCUCCAAGCAACUCAACACAAGCCUCCCUCACAGUCCCAUCCAUUCCACUCAUCCCCGAACAACCAAGACAUAUCGCUUUCGCCCCAGCUUCCAACAACUUCUUCGUCGCAGCUUUCAUCCUCCCAUCAACUUCCUCCUUAGGCGUCGUGUGAAGUUCAUUCGCAUUCAACCCCGUCGUCGUGGUCCCAAUAUACCUCUCACUCGUCUUCGUACCCAACAGUUCCUGAAUCGCUUCAUCUAGAAUCUCACUCCACUGCGAACCUGUCGAGACGAUGCCGAACGCAUCAUAGGUGUUGAGGAUUUGUAGGACGGUGGCAAUCGAGGAUUCGAAAAUCCCGGUUAUGGGUUUUUGAGGGAGGCCGGAUUCUAGUAGGGCUGUGCGGAGUUGGGGCACUAAGGGGUGUUGGGAGAAGCAGCAUAUGAGGAAGGCGUCGUAGUCGGCGAGUUUGGUGGUUAGAGGGGGGAGGCAGGCUUCGGCUGAGAUUUGGGCGUCGGAUUCGUUGUUUAUGCUGGGG